AAAAAUCCAUAUAUUAAAAAGUUAGUUUUUUUUUUAACAGCUAACUAUUUGAAGAACUUGGACGAUAAAAGCAGAGGAGAGAGAAGGAGUGACAGUCCCCAUCAUAAGGAAUUGCGAAAGCCAGCCAUAGUUUUGUGUUUGUUUAUCAAGAUCAUCUUCAGGAUCACUCAUCAUACUUUGAUUGAAUUUGGUGUUGAACGUGAUUGCAAGCAAGGUUAGAUGGAAGAAAGUCAUGGGCAAUUGGGUGAACAGUAGGGAAAUUGGGAUUAAUAGGUUGCUGAAAUGUCCUCUGCCAGUAUAGGGAAUGGAGGGCCUGGCAGUUCAAUGGCAUCUAAUGGCCAGAAUGGCUCAUCUAGUUCUGUGGAUUGGUUGGGGAAAGAGAUGCUUGAAUUAAGACUCGGAGGAGACCGAGCAGACCAUGAUGAUGAUAGAGAUAGUGAACCAGAUGUUAUUGAUGGUGUUGGUGCAGAAGCGGGGCAUGUUAUCAGGACAACAAUUGGCGGUCGUAAUGGUCAACCUAGACAGACCAUCAAUUAUAUUGCAGAGCACGUGGUUGGAACCGGUUCCUUUGGUGUUGUAUUCCAGGCAAAGUGUAGGGAGACUGGGGAGAUUGUAGCCAUCAAGAAGGUGUUACAGGAUAAACGCUACAAAAACCGAGAGUUACAGAUCAUGCAGAUGUUAGAUCAUCCUAAUAUUGUAGCUCUCAAGCAUUGUUUCUUUUCAACAACAGAUAAGGAGGAGGUAUACCUUAAUCUCGUUCUCGAAUAUGUUCCUGAAACUGUCAAUCGCAUUGCAAGGGGAUACAACAGAAUGCACCAGAAGAUGCCUCUAAUAUAUGUCAAACUCUAUACCUAUCAGAUCUGCAGGGCACUGGCAUAUUUACACAACUGCAUCGGAAUAUGCCAUCGGGAUAUUAAGCCUCAGAAUCUACUGGUAAAUCCGCAUACACACCAGCUCAAACUUUGUGAUUUUGGAAGUGCGAAAGUAUUGGUUAAAGGAGAACCCAAUGUUUCAUAUAUAUGCUCAAGAUACUACCGUGCCCCAGAACUUAUUUUUGGGGCUACCGAGUAUACCACUGCAAUAGAUAUAUGGUCUACAGGAUGUGUUAUGGCAGAAUUACUUCUUGGGCAGCCAUUAUUCCCAGGAGAGAGUGGGGUGGAUCAAUUAGUGGAGAUCAUCAAGGUUCUUGGAACACCAACUAGGGAAGAGAUAAAAUGCAUGAAUCCCAAUUACACUGAAUUCAAGUUUCCACAGAUAAAGCCUCAUCCAUGGCACAAGGUCUUUCAGAAACGUCUGCCUCCUGAAGCAGUAGAUUUAAUUUGUAGGUUCUUUCAGUAUUCUCCAAAUUUGAGAUGCACUGCUUUGGAAGCUUGCAUUCACUCGUUCUUUGAUGAGUUGAGGGAUCCAAAUACACGACUUCCUAAUGGUCGCCCUCUUCCUCCUUUGUUCAAUUUCAAGCCACAAGAACUCUCAGGCAUCCCACCUGAUAUGGUAAACCGCCUCAUCCCGGAGCAUGCUCGAAGGCAGAACCUAUUCAUGGCAUUGAACUCAUAAGUAACCGGUGGGCGGUGGGCAUGUCUAUGCCAACCUAUCCACUGAGGGUUUGCUCAAAUUGUGUAGGCAUUUGACUAAUAUUCUUGUGUCGAAUAUUAGCAUUAGCUUGUGAGCCUACAGAAAUUUGUUUGUUAGGCAGUUAAGCUGCAAGGGCCUGCAGGACAUGAAGCGGUUGAAAGGGCUGGAGGAGGUUUCUUGCUAUUAUUUAUCAAAAUAUGAUCAUGUCAUUCAUGUAUGUUUACACAAUCGUCUUGAGAUAUUGGCAUAGUAUAGUAGCUCAAUACAAAUCACGAGAAUGUAUCCAAUAUUUUGUUUGACUAGAAGAGCUUUGGGCAUCUUUUUGUCCCGCGGUGUGUAUCUUGUUAGAUUGUAGUAUGGUUUUCUGGUAUAGCGGAUGAUGUCAAGUUUAAAGGGGUGUAUUUUAAUGUGAAUAUUUUGUGCACGGAUUCUAUAUCUAAUAAUUCCUCUGUUUUCUUUUGAUGCA